CGGAAAGUUUCUCGUCUCCUCUCCUUUUCCAUCGACACCAAACUCUAUCCACCCAAGCACCCUUUUCUCCUUUCGCUGAAAACUAUAUAAGCAACAUACGUCACAUGUUAUCCCACACACUUCCCUCAUAAGUGAUUACCACGCGCCAUUUACCAUUCGCAAAGGACUAUGGGUCCCACUGCUCAUGCACGACACGUAUCCAUUCGCGCGUGGAGAAUCCCUCGUUGGAUUCGCUUUUGCCCUAGUCAUCUGCGAAACACAUCCUUUCUCUCUCUAUAUCUCCACCAUGAACCACCACCACCGUCUGCAAACUCCGAUCACCUCCUUCGAUCUCAUUUCGAUUUUCUCCGAUCGACCGAUUUGCCGCUCUGUUCUUUCUAAGGGUUAAAAUGGAAUCUAUGGAUAUUGUUGGUAAGACAAAGGAGGAUGCUUCGCUUCCCAAAGCAUCUAUGACAAAGAUUAUUAAAGAAAUGUUGCCCCCUGAUGUUCGUGUUGCCCGAGAUACCCAAGAUCUUUUGAUUGAAUGUUGUGUAGAGUUCAUCAAUCUUAUCUCAUCAGAAUCGAAUGAAGUUUGUAAUAGAGAAGAUAAACGAACAAUUGCACCAGAACAUGUACUCAAGUCUUUAGAGGUUCUUGGCUUUGGGGAAUAUAUUGAAGAAGUUUAUGCCGCAUAUGAACAACACAAGUUAGAGACCGUGGACACUGUGAGAGCUGGGAAGUGGAGCAAUAAUGUAGCUGAAAUGACUGAAGAAGAAGCUUUAGCUGCACAACAGAGGAUGUUUGCUGAAGCACGUGCGAGGAUGAAUGGAGUUGUUACAGUUCCUCCCAAACAGCAAGAGACAGAAGCGGAGCAAAAAUUGGAUUGCUAACUUGAGGCCUUAUUUUUCCUGUAGGCAAGUACCUCUUUGGUUUUUAGAGGUGGUUUCUCUUUUACCGUGUACAAAAAACUCCUGGCACCUUUGCCUGCUUGUGAACUUGAGUUCAAUUUGUACUCUUUUAAUUAUGUCCAUAUGUUCUGUAAUUAGUGAAUUUUCUUCAGAAUAGUCUAUGCGGCCUUCAAGUGCUUUCUGUA